AUGCGAAACAUAGCUGAAUCUAAGAAGAAAUGUCGACAGUAUAGUGUUGAUUAUAUGAAAUUUGGUUUUCUUCCAUCCAAGGCAGACAAGCGAUUGCCCAUAUGACUUUUAUGCAACAAAGUUUUGAGCAAUGACUCGAUGAAACCAUCGAAGCUCGAAGAUCAUCUAAGAAGGUGUCAUCCUGAUAAAAUAGUCCAAGAUUUGAAAUAUCUUCAAGCAUUGAAGGGAAAAUAUGAAAAGAGACCCACCGUGCACGGUAUGUUCUCUUCAACAUCUGAAAGUAACGAUGAUGGCUUGCGGGCAUCUUACAAUAUCUCAUUACUUAUAGCGAAAUCUGGAAAACCGCACAUCAUUGGACAACAGUUAAUUUUACCCGCUGUUGAAGAGGUUUUAACAACUGUUCUGCACAAAUCUCCAUGUGACAUACUCAAAAGAAUUCCUUCAAGUAACAACACUGUACAAAGACGUAUUGAUGAAAUGAGCUCUGAUAUUGAAAGUUUCUUGUGUAAUUAUGUGCAAACAACUCAUUUUUCUAUUCAACUGGACGAAACAACUUUACCUGGUAAUGAAGCAUUAUUAUUGGCAUAUGUUCGAUUUGUUAUGAACGAAGAAAUUCAUGAAAAGCUACUAUUCGCGAAAACUUUGGAGACGGACACUAAAGGUGAAUCAAAAUGUAAUGUCCUGAGUGAUUUUUUAAAGGAAAAAUCGAUUCCAUUCACAAACGUUAUUUCGGUGGUAACAGAUGGAGCUUCCGCCAUGGUUGGGCGAUAUCGUGGGUUUAUCGCGUAUUUGACAGAUUUUCAGUCUGAACGGAUCAUACAAAUGGAUUGA